AUGGUGCAUUUAGGGAAGCAUAUUAAUAUUGUCAACCUAUUGGGAGCUUGUACGAAGAAUGCCGGGAAAAGAGAGCUAAUAGUUAUAGUGGAAUACUGUAAAUUUGGCAACAUACACAAUUAUUUGAUCCGCCAUCGGGAAGUGUUUAUAGACCAGCUCACUGAUGAUAAAGAGAAGAGCCUGGGUAAAGUCAACAAGGCGUUCUCUUCCAGCACUGCUAGUAGUGGAAUGCAUUCUGAUUAUUACGGCUCAAACCACACUCAAGCAACGGACCAUACAAGUCUAAAUUCAGGAAUCACUAUAAGAUCUGGAAGAAAAGUUUCAGAAACGGGAUACGUCCAACCAGAAUGGCGGUCGAACUACGAAUGCGACUCCAUUUACGAAGGCCGAAAGCCAAGACCUCUUACGUCAAGAGAUCUCCUCGCUUGGGCCUUCCAAAUCGCUAGGGGAAUGGAAUAUCUUGCCAGUAGAAAGGUCCUACACGGUGACUUGGCAGCGCGAAAUGUGUUAUUGGCCGAAGAUAAUGUCGUGAAAAUUUGCGAUUUUGGUCUAGCAAGGAGCAUCUAUAAAAAUGAUGAAUAUCAAAAGAAAGAGAAUAGCCCUCUACCGGUGAAAUGGCUAGCCAUAGAAUGUAUGGUGGACCGCAUUUUCUCCACGCAAUCAGACAUCUGGUCCUUUGGAAUUGUUCUAUGGGAGCUAUUUUCACUCGCACAAACGCCGUAUCCAAAUAUCAGCCCGGCUAACUUGCUUAACUGGCUCUCUGCGGGACAUCGUCUGGAGAAGCCAACAUAUUCUGAUGAUAGGCUGUAUGACGUCAUGCUGAAGUGUUGGGAGAAGAAACCCACGAUGAGGCCAUCGUUUUCAGAACUGCAAGUUAUUUUGGGUUCUUUCCUCGAGGAUAAUGUUCGGAAUCAUUACGUAGACUUGAACGCUAUGUACAUGGAUAUAAAUGCGAGAUCAGAUCAAGAGGACUAUUUAGCGAUGGUAUCAGCCCCGGAUUAUAACAACAUCGUCACUCCCAGCCCCCAUCAUUAUACCAACGAUGCUAAGCAGUUCUUCCCAUCUGCAACACCCAAGAUAUUGGCGCAUGAUGACGAAGGCUACUUACAAAUGAGCCCCCCGAAUCAACAACACAUAUUCAGUCCACGUGUACCGAGCACCAAAUUCGAUUUUGACGCUCGUAAAUUGAACGCAAAAAUAGAGGUCAACGAAUGGCCCGAGGAGAGAACUCCGAUGCUUACACUGAACAAUCUCCCAGCGCGAACAUCAGAAUCGGACGAUGCCUACUUAAACAUGGCCCCUCAAAAUGAUGAUGAGGUUUUCGAAGCCAAAGAUUGCAAUAAGAACACGAAGAAUAUCGCCGCGUCUAAUCCGACAUAUAUUAUGUACGAUAUGGAUAAGAAACCCCACAAAAAUAAUUACAUCAAUGUGUCCAAUGGUCUAGUCAAGUAA